CUUCGCUUGAUGAUUGGCACGUCAAUGAUGUCUUCCCUGAUCCCAAAACUGAUGCCUGUUCGCACGUGGAAUGCCCCAAGGGCAGUGAGUGCUUGGUCAACAGGACGACCAACAUGGCGGAGUGCAUCUGCCGACCCUACUGCAAGCCCCACUACAAGCCUGUUUGUGGUUCCGAUGGCGUCAUGUAUGAGAACCAUUGUGAGCUCCACCGUGCCUCGUGCCUCAGUGGACAGCGGAUCACCGUACACAACCAUGGCUGCGAUACCCCGGUGGAAUUGCCAUUGGUGAUGGCCACCACUCCGGACAGUCCUAUUCCUUCGAUGUCCCCGACGGAAGUUCCCAUUACCUGCACACCUGAAGAGAUGGCCCAGUUGAAAGAAGAACUCGUAGCACAUUACCGCGAGCAGUUUCACAACCCGAACGAGGACAACAGUCUACCUCCAUUGAAUAAGAAAUAUAUCGUCAGUCUGAUCUUAAAUCACUAUGACAUCGAUGCUGAUGAUGCUAUUUCCCGCCAAGAAAUGGAAUCAGCCAUGACCCUGGACCGCAUCAAUGACCUUUUACCCGGAUGUUCAUUCCUCGACGUUCUUGAUUCCGGCGAUCUCGAUGGCAAUGAUAAGCUGAGCGGGAUGGAACUCUAUCGAGAAUUCAACAUCAAAGCCGUUUCUCUAUCAGGAAGCAUAGCCCAGCGUGUUACGGUAGCGGGAGUCGGUGACAACCUGGCCUUACCAUGUGAGCUCUCAUCAGAUCAUCCUCUCAAUAUCAGGUGGACAAGAAACAACGCUCCUCUCACAGAGAUCCAGGAGUACCAAGGAAUCGGGUUCUAUGCCGGUGAUUCGUCGCUCUACCUAACAUCAAUCACUCUCAUGCAUGAAGGUACAUACGCUUGUUACGCGGAAGGAUAUGACGAAGUGAAGCAGACACACCUCCUUCAAGUCCAAGUUCCUCCAUCUGUGAAGAUCUGUCCCCACUCGCAGCUGAGGAAGCAGGGUAGUAAGGCCAGAGUCCAGUGCUACGCCGAAGGGAUCCCAACCCCACAAAAGAGCUGGACCAGGAACGACAUACCACUAGUCCAAGGUGACAGGAUCGAGAUGCAAAACAAGAACAGCAGUGUCCUGGUAAAGGAGAUUUCUUAUCCUGAUACUGGUAUAUACACCUGUACGGCAACCAAUCCUCUCUCAGAGGCCCAUCAGAGUGCAUCGGUCUUUAUCCAACCCCAAGAUCAUCCUCUUUCACCCGGUCCACUCCAUGUUUUCUACCUGUUCCAUCGCGAUGGAAUCCAGACGUUCGAACCCGACACCUGCGGGUUCAGGCUCGCCCUGACCGGAGCCAGCACCCUACCCGACACCACCAAGACGCUCUGCAGCGUUGACCAGGAAUCCGAAACACGCAGGUGCGACUGGGGAGACGCGGUCAGCGUGGAUGACCGCUAUAUCUACGCGUCACAACCGUACGAGAACCGCGUCGUGGUGCUCGAUGCACGAUCGCAAAGGAUUAUCGAGGUUAUCAGCACAGACGGCCAACCUGUAUCGCUGCAGUACGUAGAACACGUGGACUCGAUCUGGGUGCUAUGUCGGAGAUCAGAUGAGGAAGCUAAGGCAGGGCGUCAGUCCAUUGUGGUCAUCAAGAACGCAGGACAACCAGGACCUCAUCACACAAUCCACACGGCGCCUGUCGGACACACAUUUGAGCUUGUCGAAGACCUCUUUAUCCCCAAGGAACAAAUUCCUAAUCAGGGUACUAUGAACUUCGGAUACAUCGUCCAUCACAACCAACUCGGCCUCCAUAAAUUGGACCUUGUCCGCAUGGAACGCAUUGCUCUCAUCGACCUCACCGCGUACAACUGUCACCCGGAAGCAGUUAACUUUGUAUCCAUCGGCGGAAGUGUCGUCAUCAACUGUGCCGGAAGUGAUACCGUUCCAGCUAAGCAAGUUGUGCUUGAUUACCUGACAGAUAGUGUGAUCAAGGUCAACGAGGGUAUCCGUGGUCGUCCGUACGUCUCACCAGAUGGUCGUUACAUCAUCAGCGUCGAUGCCAACCACCAGUACGUCCACGUCCAGAAGGUCCUCCCCGAAUCAGGCAAGAUCAAGACCGCGUUCGAAGUCAAGACCAACCUCCGAAUCAGUGACGUCGGCUUCUUCCCGAGCAAGACCUCCCACACCUACGAUGUCUUUGCGACGUCCCGAGACCAGCCCGAUGUCCUGUUCAUUGACGUCGAAAGCGGGUUCGUCAAGACCAUCACCGGUGUCCAAGACCCAAUCGCCGCCGAGGACUGGCCAUGGGACAGACGCAAUCGUAGAAUAGUCAACAGCGGCUUCUUCGACCCCUAUCUCGUCACGCCUGCCGCCAACCAUGAAAUCGUCAUCAACGGCCUACUACGAAAGGUCCAUUGCAACAUCGAGGAUAUAGCAUUAGCUAAUGUCAUUGUAUGGAUCGGAAAGUGUUAGGCAACCUUGCAAUCAUUUUAACCACUCUUAACGAAAGAAAAUGAGAGACUUUGUGGUAACCUUCUCGAGUGGGCUCAAAUUCGCAACUAUUUUCUAUUUCUUUUAUCUGGAUUCUAUGCAUUUCAAGAGAUGUAGACGGAUUAUUUUUGUGAGAAUGAAUUUUGUUUGCUCGUCGAUAAGUGCAAUGUAUUACCAGCAGCUAGAAAGCAUAGUACUUUGUUGCAAAUUAUAUUUUACAGAGCAUAAUACCAUAGCUGAACGUGGUAGCUUUUACGUCAUAUGGUUUUUGUAGAUUCCUAUGUAAAUAACAAGUUUUAUUUCAAAUUACAGUUAUGUAAUUGAGAAACAUGAUAUAAUGAUGUAGUAUGAUAUAAUUUUAAAAUUCUUUGAAAACUAGAAGAGUUGUUCUUGGAUGUAGUAAGAUAAAUAAUGAAUUUACUACGAUUAGGAAAUCCACAAUGCUUCUAUAUGUAUAUGAUUGACUUUUAUGUACAUUUUUUUUGUUUACAUUAUAAUUCUCAUCGUUUAUGGUUCAUUCAAAUAUAUGAUAAUAUUUAUGUAAAAAUAGCAAGUUCUAAUUAACUAGUUGAUAAUGUACAUAACUGUAACUGUAAAUCUAGUAAAAAUAUGUAGUAUUAUCAUAUAGUUCCCUUGAUAGAAAACAGAAUACUUAGUAAGAUUAAUUGUUACCUGUGAUAUGCAGUUGGAGUAAUUGUAUCUUUGUUUUGUACUCUAUGAAUUUAUUUGUAAAUCCGAAGAACUUUAGCUUGUAAAUAAUUGAUAUAUGAAAUAUAAUUUAUAAUUUGGACAUUCUGUACUUCCUCAUAAAAUAUGAUUAUAUGUGGCGAUUCAAAAUGUCUAGAAGUACCGAUUUUUAUUUAAUAUAGAUCACUGUACAUUAAUCAGCACUUUCAUAUGAGUUAUCAGUUAAAAAGUAAUAUGUCCGUCGUUCACGUUGGCUCUACCGAUAUAUAAAACACUCCUUCGGUGUAUAAUGUGAUGUCAUCGUGGUUCAAUAUUAAUAUAAUUGCAGUUAUUAAAAACCAUAUGUCCCAAGUGCGCUAGUGUAUAUAAGAAAUAUUCCAUAUUCUUACUGUUGUCUAUGGUAAACGAUAUUGACCCACAUUCAUAAAAAAGUAGUUAGAAAAGUUUAAAUCAAUAGUAUACAUUGGUAACCAUGAAAUGUGACAGGCAUAUAAAAGAUUUCAAAAUACAUUACUCAAUGAUUUCGGAAAUCACAGUAUUAAGACUUUUUGGUAAUGAAAAUUACCGUAGUUUUCGAGACUAUGAAAGGAUGACCGGAAUCCAGUUCAAAGAAUACACAUACAAAAUAAUGCACACACUUUUUAAAUAUUUGGCUGCCCAUAGAUAUAAAUCCAUGAUGGAACUUAUUACACGGGCCAAAGUCGCUGUUGGUUGCGUGUGAAAUGUGCUCCUGUAUGUCAUUAUAAUGGUAUUUAUGUAAUGUAUUAUUCACAAGCAUGACAAAAAUGGCUAGCCUGUCAAUAUUUACAAGUAUUACAAAAAAGUUUCAAUGUCGUAUAUCCGGUGUACUAUACCCAUAUCUUACAGAAAAGUCAAUUGUAUUAGCAUAUCAUUAAUCCAUUCUUGUAAUAAAAUAAAAAGUUUGCCUUUUAGUAUUUGAGGUACUAUAGGACGUGCGAGGCAUUUACAGGUUGACGCCCAACAGAUACACUGGCCAAUGUCUAUGGUAAGCCAUAAGUAGAGUUCCAAAUUAUUUUAAGUAAGUUGUUUAAGUCUCAGUAAAUUGCUCUUUAACUGAAUCUGAUAAACCCCUUUUAAAUGAUCGACAUUAAACUCAAUUUAUCUGAAUCAUCUGGCAUGUAGCUUGCCAUAAACUUCUUCGGUAUCAUUACGAUUCUCCGUUAUAUCAGUGUUGAAUUUAACCGAAUCCAGGGUCAGGAUUGUGUUCAAAAGUUGAAUAAACCAUCUUGAACAAAUAUAUUUGUAACACCUCGGCAUAUUCAACUGGCGCUUUCGUUUACUGAUAGCCCGGUGGUGGUAUGAGUAUAGGAUUUAACCUGUUACAUCUUCAACAUAAUGAUAAUUCUUCGAUGAAACAUUGCAGUUCGAACCGUCAGGAUAUUUUAAUGAUUUAAAACAGAAAUAAGAUCCGAAUUUGUUUUUUGCAUGUGGCGUUCCAUAGUACCUCAAACACUUUAUACAAUACACCAAAGAAACUCGUGUAGACAUGCAGUUUUAUACAAAUAAAGCAAAAAGAAAUCAAUAUAAUUUGUCUGUACAUGUUACAUAAAAAACCGUUAUCACAGAAAUAUACCUUUAGAAUUUAUGCUUAUAUCAACUUUCUAAAGUUUUUUUUUAAUUAAGAAAAUGGAGUAGACAGGAGACCAAAAUUCGGGUAUAUAAGUUCACUUCUAGAAGUUUUCCACUUUUUUUUUGUUUUUGGCUACGAAGAAGUGUAAGUUUGCAGAUUUGUUUUUCCUUUCGGUUAUUUCUUUUUAUAAAUUGAUUUUUGCAAGAUUGUAUUAAGAUCAGACAAUGGUGAGAAAUUAAACGUAUGGAAUAAAGCUUGGUUUAGUUGUACUUGGCAUUCACAUAAUUUGCUAGACUACUUUUAACUGGUAUUUACCAAAAAGAUUGUUACUUUGGUCUACAACCUUGAGAAAAUUUUGUGAGGAUAUAAAAUGAAUACUUCAUUUGAUGUUGCAGUUAUAUAGCCAUUAGAAGGUUCAAGUAAAUAAGUACGAGCAAUUUACAUUAUUGAGUUGUUUUUAUCAUGUAAUUAUAGUUGUAUCAUGAUUUAGAAUAUUUUAUAAGGGUAGGGCUUGACGAUGGUUAAGUUUUUUAAAAAAAUUCUACUUCCAGGGGGAGUGUUUAAAAAAAGUCAUCCGAAAUGUUGUCGGACAACUUUCAUUGGAUGUGAUCGGCUGAUAUGCACAAGUGUCUGCUAUUACAGGGGUAAAUGUCGGAUAAAACAGCCGCGGACUUUGUCGGGUACAACAUCCGACAAGUCCUUUCACGAAACGCGCUCCAUUGGUCAUUGGAUCCUUUUCAGCAUAAUUGUAUUCGUAAAUCGUCUUAUCAUUAAUAACUAUAAUGGUCGACGAAUAAAGAACUAGCAUUUAUUGUAUUCAUGUGUUUUUGUAGUUACUGUAGCCAAUCUUCAAUCAAUUUAUUGAUUUUAUGCAUACGGAUUAUAGCCAGUGCUUUGAUAUUCAGUAGGUGCAUAAUCAGGAACUUCUUUUAGAGAUAGAAUGAAUAAAAUUAGACUUAAACAAAAUGGUGCAAAGUCCCAUGUAACAAACGUCAAUUGCGCAGUCUGCAAUCAUUGAUAUCUGGCAGAAGGCGAGGGUAUCAUGUGAAAGUAUUUAAAAGGACUUUUAGCAUUUAGUUAUUUAGAGUGUGUAUUAUAUUUCUAAUGGAAGUAAUUAGAAAGGUAUAGUUCACACAUUUGUAGCAUGGAGAAGACACUGGUAUAAACAUUAAGUAACUCCACUCAACAUUAGGAAACACACGAAAUGAUUUGAAACUUCUUUAAGGAAGACUAGAUGAUACAAUCUAAAUUAUCUUCUUAUGUAAUUUAAACGGUAUUUGGUUCUUGAAUAUCGGGUCAUUCAUUUUUUCUAUUAUUUUGUGUGGAAUGUUUGCAAAAUGAGGUAAGUAAAUUUCUUCACUCUAGCAUAAGAGAUGAAAAUUGCGUUAUACAUGUAUAAUAAUUGAGGCUUAUUUUGUCAUGAUGGAAAUUUAAUCCAGCAAACCAUUAACCUGCAUAAAAAUAAAAUAUGCAUCGGAAAUUAGAGGUGUACUGCUGGUUUGCCUAUUUAUUAUAUGUUUUAAUUAACAAAUAAAAUAAAUAAAAUGUUGCAUGUUUAUAUUUUCGUUUUCAUCUAUCAUGUCUAUUUGAUACUGAAUGUCUUGUAAUUGAUGUUAUUGAAAAUAACCGGUAACCUUCAAAUGCUUUUGUGAUAAAGUGAUUAAUAAAAGACUGUGUCGAAUUAAAAAGA